CGCCCGCGCGCCAGGGGGCGCUGUGGGAUCGGAUCGGCGCCAGCGGCCGGAACGCACGAGUCAGCCGCAGCCCCGGCCCCGGCCCCGGUCCCGGUCCCGCCGCGCGAGGAGGAGCCGCCGCCGCCGCCGCCUCGCGGGACUCGCGUGAAGCCCCAACCGCCGCCCCUGCCCGCAGCCCCCCCCGCAGCGGAGCGCCCGGCGCCAUGCCCAAGAAUAAAGGCAAAGGAGGUAAAAAUAGGCGACGAGGUAAGAAUGAGAAUGAAUCAGAAAAAAGAGAACUGGUGUUCAAGGAAGACGGGCAAGAGUAUGCCCAGGUGAUCAAGAUGUUAGGCAAUGGAAGACUGGAGGCAUUAUGUUUUGAUGGUGUGAAGAGGUUAUGUCAUAUUAGAGGGAAACUAAGAAAAAAGGUUUGGAUAAAUACAUCUGAUAUUAUAUUGGUUGGCUUAAGAGACUACCAGGAUAACAAGGCUGAUGUUAUUCUAAAGUACAACGCAGAUGAAGCCAGAAGUCUGAAAGCAUAUGGGGAGCUUCCAGAACAUGCUAAAAUCAAUGAAACAGACACAUUUGGUCCAGGAGAUGAUGAUGAAAUCCAGUUUGAUGAUAUUGGAGAUGAUGAUGAAGAUAUUGAUGACAUCUAAUUUGGAACAGAGGUUUACAUUCCAACUUUUUUCCUCCAAGGAUUGUUCUACAUUGAUAUUUCGAUUAUUUUUUGGGUGAAGUCCCUUUCUUUUAAGAAGACUGAAAAUUCUCGGUAAAGAGUGUAGUUUGUUACAUCAAAAGGAUUUAUUUUCAAUGUUUGUUUUAAAGUAUUUAUAUUUCUUUAGAAACGGAUAAUGCUGGAUUAUCACAAAGGUUCAAUGAAAUGCCACAAAUAUUUUGUCUCCUCACCAGUUAGAGCCUUUACCUCUGGAUGUAAGUGAGAUAUGAUGACAUGGGCUGUAAAAGACUGCAUUUUUCCCUCUUCUGCUUUCAUCACUACAAUUCCACUUAAACUUGUAUUUUGAAAUAAAAAUUGUUUACCCUGUAAUUAUCAUGGAUUUUGAUUAAAUACAAAUACCCAGUUCAGAUUAGUAUCAAAUCAUACUAUGCAGUGUCUGUCCUUAUACCCCUUGCCUUGAUGUUAACUUUAAAAAGAUUUUGAUAAUAUAAAAGGAAGGCAGAAAUCUGCAUUUAAAUUCAUAAUGCAUGAUGAAUCUGCUUUUCAUGUCUAGUAGCAUGCUGCUAUUUUUAUACUGAUUUUGAUAAUUAAAGACACUCAUUAUUUCAAAGAUGUAAAUUUGCCACAGUGGAGGGGUAGAGGAGAAGCAAAGAUAAAAAGCAAGCAGCAUCUCAAAUUUGCAGUUGUUGAAAGCUGUCUUGUGCACGUAGCUCUUCUGUGUUGCAAGUACAGUAGUCACGCUGUAGUUGCAGAAGAUGAACGCUGGGUGGCACCCAACUUAACAAGAAUACAUUACUACAAAACAUUAACAGUUGGGUUUGUACUGAAAAAUACGUAAAAUAGUUUUUCCCCAAAGUGAAUGCUUAACAUUCUUGAUACGUUAAACAUGUAGAGUAUUUUUACAUUAUAGAAAAGGUUAUGUUAAGAGUAGAGUUUUAUUUUAAUCUUAAAUUCCAUACAUUGUAAGGUACAACAUUAAAGCUUAUGUGAUGAACUUUGAAUAACAAUAUAAAUGAGAAAAUAAAUUUGUGUCAAACGUAGGAAAAGAAUCUUUUCAUCCAGAAUAAAUCACUGAAACAAACUAAUGGAAAGAUUCUUUUCUACCUUCAGACUGGAGGAGUCAGUUAAGAAGCUGAAUAAAGACUAACAUCAUCAUGCAAAUAUUAUUUUGUGGUAGCCUUAGUUUCUUUGUCUUCAAUUAUGUAUUUAACAACUCUGAAAGCAGGUUAAUGGAAAACUUUUGUGCCAUAAAAAUCUGAUUCUUGACACUUGUAUUCGUUAUACAGUCUUUUUGGUAUGAUGUAAAGUGACUACCCCAAUAGAUAAAAACAAAAUGGCUUUAAA